CUCAAUCUCUAUUUCCCCCAUCCCAAAUAAAACGAAACCUUGGAAUUCUUUUUUUCCCCUCCCCUCCCGCUACGCCCCUUGAAUUGUAUAGGCCGGUGGUUAGGGAGUACGAAGGGGACCGUCUUCCUCAGUUGUGACCCCUCUCAUCAGGUCUGGGAAGAGGUAACUGGAAAACAGAACAUAUAGAAGUGUUACCACAGGCCAUGUACAAGGCCAGAAUUUCUCUGACCUCUGUCCGCCAGCACCGCCUGUUAAAUGUACAAUUCCACAAGAGACUCGCCAAACUUGGUGGAGUCACCCGCUUACAAGGGCUCGCUCUCCACCUGCGCAAGGACUGCAAUUCCCAGGGUCCUCCAGGGCACCCGGCUGCGCCAGUCCAGAUGUGCAGGCGGCGCGCUCUUUCCUGCUCCGCUCAAGUCCAGGAACCGGUUCCCGGCUUCCCAACCCGGCUGCAGCGCCCACGCGCCUGGGUCCGAGUAGGCGAGCGAAAGCGGGAGGCGCGGAGGCUUCUGGGAGAUGGAGGCCGAGGCUGAGACCUGCGCAGGCGCAAACUCACAGCUGGGGUGAGGGCUGGAAGUCGCGCGGUUCGUGGCAGCGCCCCGAUGGAACCUCCUGGUCCUGUGAGGGGGCCCUUGCAAGAUUCCAGCUGGUAUGAGCCUUCUGCAGAGCUAGUCCGGACUAGAAUGGCUAUAUCACUAACAGCAGCUGAAACUCUGACCCUUCAGGGUAUAAAGGGACAAGAGAAGAUUAUGAUGAUGGAACCAAAGGAAGAGGGACAGUCUUGUGAGUAUGAGACCAGGCUACCUGGGAACCACUCUGCCAGUCAAGAGAUCUUCCGCCAACGCUUCAGGCAACUCCGCUACCAGGAGACUCCUGGUCCCCGGGAGGCCUGGAGCCAACUACAGGUACUCUGCUGUGAGUGGCUGAGGCCAGAGAAACACACCAAGGAGCAGAUCCUGGAGUUACUGGUGCUCGAACAAUUCUUGACCAUCCUACCUGAAGAGCUCCAAUCCUGGGUGCGGGGACAUCAGCCUAAGAGUGGAGAGGAGGCUGUGACUGUGCUGGAGGAUUUAGAGAAAGGACUUGAACCAGAGCCACAGGUCCCAGGCCCUGCACAUGGACUUGCACAGGAAGAGCCAUGGGAGAAGAAGGAAUCUCUGGGAGCCGCCCAGGAAGCAGUGAGCAUCCAGCUCCAGCCUAAGGAGACUCAGCUUUUCCCAAAGAGUGUUGUUACAGAAGAUGGCCCAGAGCCCAAGGACAAAGGAUCAUUGCCACAACCACCUAUUACCGAAGUGGAAUCACAGGUGUUCUCAGAAAGACUUGCUACUGACACUGCUACAUUUGAUGCUACCUCUGAGGGUACCUUAGAACUGCAGCAGAGAAAUCCCAAAGCAGAGAGACUGAGGUGGUCCCCUGACCAGGGGAAAAGUUUCAGACAGAUGGUUGUCACCCAUAAGGAAAUUUCCACAGGGAAGAAAGACCAUGAAUGUAGUGAAUGUGGUAAAACCUUCAUUUAUAACUCACAUCUUGUUGUCCACCAGAGAGUUCAUUCUGGAGAGAAACCCUAUAAGUGUAGUGACUGUGGGAAAACUUUCAAACAGAGCUCAAACCUCGGUCAGCAUCAGAGGAUUCAUACAGGAGAGAAACCCUUCGAAUGUCAUGAAUGUGGGAAGGCCUUCAGGUGGGGUGCUCACCUUGUUCAGCAUCAAAGGAUUCAUUCAGGAGAGAAGCCCUAUGAGUGUAAUGAGUGUGGGAAGGCCUUUAGUCAAAGCUCAUAUUUAAGUCAGCAUCGGAGAAUUCACAGUGGAGAGAAACCUUUUAUAUGUAAAGAAUGUGGGAAAGCUUAUGGAUGGUGCUCAGAACUCAUUAGACAUCGGAGAGUUCAUGCCAGAAAAGAGCCUUUGCAUUGAAUUGAAGGGGAGAACGCCUCCAGACAGAAUUCUGUGUCGCUCUAAUCUACUUUAGGACUGGAUCCCAUAAAAGUUAUAAGCUCCUUAAGA